GAACGCCAAACGCGGUUACGAGAGCAGGCGCGAAAACUGAUCGCCGAGACGAAAGCCAAAACGCUAACCCUCGAUUCGCCGUCGUCUCCAACGAAGAUCAGCACGGCACAGAAGAUGAACUUCUCGCCGGAACGGACUAUCUCACCGAUCAACAACGUUCCGGAGUUCAUUUUUCCCAGCGUCGGAAUACUCGGCGCCCGGAAUGGCAAAGAUUCGCCGGUGCGGUUCGGGGCUGAUGAGGCGCGAACCAUCGACCGGGGGAGCGAUGCCAAUCGGAAUCACCUGCUGAAGCGGGGGACGCCCUCGCCGAACAAGGUGUCGCCUUCGUUGCUUGAAUUGAUUGCGCCCAAAAACGAGGGGAGGGUGGAAAAAGUCAACUAUAUCCAAAGUGAGCUGAACAAACUGGAACGGGAGCAAGAAGCCAUCGAUCAGAAGGCCAAUGCCCUGGAAAAGAAACUACGAGCUGUGAUGGGAGGCACAAUGUCCAAUGUGAACGAAACCGAAGAUCAACUCAUGUCCCAGUGGUUUACGUUGGUCAACAAGAAGAACGCCUUGCUGAGGCGGCAGAUGCAGCUGAAUCUACUUGAACAAGAGAACGAUCUUGAGAAAAAGUACGACAUGCUGAAUCUGGAACUGCGGGCGGCCCUCUCGAUCGAGGACUGGCGCAAAACGGAGGAACAGCGGGAGAAGGAGGCCCUGCUGCUGGCCGAACUGGUCGCCAUUGUGGACAAGCGCAACGAAUUGGUGCAAAAUUUGCACAGCCAGGAGCAAGCAAUUGAGGAUGACGACGAAAUCGAACGUAAGCUGGAAACCGUGGACAUUAAUCACAAAGACGAAAAAUGCGUCAUUCAGUAGGCUUGUUGCUGGGAGAUGUUUGAAUACUCAAAAUUCGAUUGAUACGAACUGGAUUUAUGUCCUAAGGGAAUCUAUGGAGAUUACCGUGCAUCUAGCGUAGUGUAGAUAGCUUCUUUUCAUAAAUACAGAGUUGUCUAUCGUCGUUCCAAGGAAUAUGCCGUGACCGUGGUGGGUACAGGAAUCCGCAACCGCUCGUACUUCAAAAAAACCUUAAGGCGUACUACUUUUCCCACAUCAUCGUUAUCGGAACCAGUGAUCGUGACUUACCAGAAUCCAACCAAUUCAUCAUCAAACAUUUUGAGCGGGGAAAAAAGGAAAGGUACAAUCGUCAGCGCCGGGAAAACGGUUGAAAACUAUUUACAUUUAGCAGUCAGUUGAGUCGAAGUUUAUCGAGGUAUAUUUAUCGAUUCAGUGUCAGUUGUCUUUUUAGUAUCGAUUCCGUCCGGGAGAUUUGAUUCCAUCGUGUCGUCGUAAUGUACUCGAUGUUGUAAUGGUUGAUGAUACGAAGGUACCUACAGCUGCAACCUAUUUAUAUUCCUUACCAUGGUCCCUACUCACGCAAUACGUGCAAACGCUGUUAGUUGUCCUUAUUUGAUGAGGGAAACUGUUUUCUUUUCGACAAGAAGGGAUUUCAUUAAGUUUUAAGUUCUCAUACUCGGCUCUCAGUUGUACAUAUCUGUUAAUUUUAAACCAUGUUUUAACCAAAAAAAAAAAUCGAAUCAUUUAAGCUCUCCAAAACACCAUUAUCAGUCAAUGGAUGUGAGCAGCUUAGGAACUUAUUUUAUAAGGAAACAUUCUGUGUGCAAAUAUUUUACUCGUUUUAAAACUUUUUUUGGAGCUCGGUUAGAGGCGCGGAAGACAUAUUGUACCCUUUUGAGGUAAUGAUUACAAUAAUGCUAUAAAAGGAAACUUUUACGUGAUACCAAUUGUGGAAAAAUCCCAAUUUAUAAACAUAUAUUUUAUUUUUGUAAGCUUUUUUAGUACAUCAGACUUAAGUAGUUUUCUCUGACAUUUGAAAUUCGUAGAGAAGAAAAAGUAGAUUUUGCGCUAAUUCCAAUAUAACCUAGUAGAACUUUCACAGAGGAGCUUUGGAAGGGUUUCAAUCGAUCCGAUAGCUGUUUUUGAAGCCAGUCUUGAGUAGCUUUGGCUUGCUUUUCUCCGGCACAACCGCAGCAAAAGGAUUAGGUAAACAAGUCAGACAGAACAAGAGAAUUAUUACAAAUUAUGAUAUUCUAGUCAUUCGAGUAGUAGUUGUAGCUAAACACGGGGAAAACUAAUUUAAUAUAUCGUAUGGAUAAUGAUAGUAUUAUUGAUUCAACUGUGCUCUAUAUAUAUACACAAUACCACAAACACAAAAAAUCACAAAACUCUUAACUACUGCUAGACGAACAAACGAAGAUGACUCGACUAACCAAAAAAAACAA